GGGAGUCGUCCCGUUAGCGCCGGAUUCCCGCGGGUAGGGCGAGGCGGACGGCGCCUUGGGGAUCCCGGGGCCGCUUAGGGCCGCUCUUGACUCGGCGCGGCAACAUGGAUCGGAUGGCCAGCUCUAUGAAGCAGGUGCCUAACCCGCUGCCCAAGGUGCUGAGUCGGCGCGGGGUCGGCGCGGGACUGGAGGCUGCAGAGCGGGAGAGCUUCGAGCGGACUCAGACCGUCAGCAUCAAUAAGGCCAUUAAUACGCAGGAAGUGGCCGUGAAGGAAAAACACGCCAGAACGUGCAUCCUGGGCACCCACCAUGAGAAAGGGGCUCAGACCUUCUGGUCUGUCGUCAACCGGCUGCCUCUCUCCAGCAACGCCAUGCUCUGCUGGAAGUUCUGCCACGUCUUCCACAAACUCCUCCGCGAUGGACACCCGAACGUUCUGAAGGACUCCCUGAGAUACAAAAAUGAAUUGAGUGACAUGAGCAGGAUGUGGGGCCACCUGAGCGAAGGGUACGGACAGCUCUGCAGUAUCUACCUCAAACUGCUGAGAACGAAGAUGGAGUACCACACCAAAAAUCCCAGGUUCCCAGGCAACCUUCAGAUGAGUGACCGGCAGCUGGACGAGGCUGGGGAAAGUGACGUUAACAACUUCUUCCAGCUGACAGUGGAGAUGUUUGACUACCUGGAGUGUGAACUGAACCUCUUCCAAACUGUGUUCAACUCCUUGGACAUGUCCCGCUCUGUGUCAGUGACAACAGCCGGGCAGUGCCGCCUCGCCCCGUUGAUCCAGGUCAUCCUGGACUGCAGCCAUCUCUAUGACUACACUGUCAAGCUUCUCUUCAAACUCCACUCCUGUCUCCCAGCCGACACCCUGCAAGGCCACCGGGACCGCUUCAUGGAGCAGUUCACAAAGCUGAAGGAUCUGUUCCUCCGCUCCAGCAACCUACAGUACUUCAAGCGGCUCAUUCAGAUCCCCCAGCUGCCUGAGAACCCACCCAACUUCCUGCGAGCCUCAGCCCUGUCGGAACACAUCAGCCCUGUGGUGGUCAUCCCGGUGGAGGCCUCGUCCCCUGACAGCGAGCCGGUCUUGGAGAAGGAUGACCUCAUGGACAUGGAUGCCUCCCAGCAGAAUUUAUUUGAUAACAAGUUUGAUGACAUCUUUGGCAGCUCAUUCAGCAGCGAUCCCUUCAAUUUCAACAGUCAAAACGGUGUGAACAAGGAUGAAAAGGACCACCUGAUCGAGCGGCUGUACAGAGAGAUCAGCGGGCUGAGAGCCCAGCUGGAAAGCAUGAAGACCGAGAGCCAGCGGGCCAUGCUGCAGCUGAAGGGCCGCGUGAGUGAGCUGGAGGCCGAGCUGGCCGAGCAGCAGCACCUGGGCCGGCAGGCAGCCGAUGACUGCGAGUUCCUCAGGGCAGAGCUGGAUGAGCUCAAGAAGCAGCGGGAAGACACGGAGAAGGCACAGCGGAGCCUGACGGAGAUAGAGAGGAAGGCCCAGGCCAAUGAGCAGCGGUAUAGCAAGCUCAAGGAGAAGUACAGCGAGCUGGUUCAGAGCCAUGCUGACCUGCUGCGGAAGAAUGCAGAGGUGACCAAACAGGUCUCCAUGGCCAGGCAAGCCCAGGCGGAUUUGGAACGAGAGAAAAAAGAACUUACAGAUUCCUUUGAGCGCGUCAGUGACCAGGCCCAGCGGAAGACCCAGGAGCAGCAGGAAGUUCUAGAGAGCUUGAAGCAGGAGCUUGCCACCAGCAGGCAGGAGCUGCAGCUCCUCCACAGCAACCUGGAAACUUCUGCCCAGUCAGAAGCAAAAAGCACAGCGCAGAUCACCGAGCUGGAGAAGCAGCGGGACAGCUUGGUGAGCACCGCGGCGUGUCGCGAGGAGGAAUUGUCGGCCCUUCGAGAGCAGCUGGAGCACUCCCAGCUCAAGCUGGCCAGUGCACAGGAGUCUGUGUGCCAGGUCGCUAAGGACCAGCGGAAGGCGCUGCUGGUGCGGUCCAGGAAGGUUGUGGAGGGCAUGGUGCAGGAGGCACUGAGCCAGCUGGAGGAGCCCACACUCAUCAGCUGCGCGGGGUCCACAGAGCACCUUCUCUCCAAGGUCAAGUCUGUUUCCAGCUGCAUUGAGCAACUGGAAAAGAGUCGGAGCCAGUACCUGGCCUGCCCAGAAGAUAUAAGUGACCUUCUGCACUCUGUCACGCUGCUCGGCCACCUGACCAGUGACACCAUUGCUCACGGAAGCAGCACCAGCCUCAGGGCCCCGCCAGAGCCCGCGGACUCGCUGACUGAGGCCUGCAAGGAGUUCUGCAGGGAAACCCUCGCCUACCUGGCCUCGCUGGAGGAAGACGCCACCCUCAAGGAUGCUGACAGCACGGCCAUGAGGAGCUGCCUGAGCAAGAUCAAGGCCAUCGGCGAGGAGCUGCUGCCCAGAGGCCUGGACAUCAAGCAGGAGGAGCUGGGAGACCUCGUGGACAAGGAGAUGGCCGCCACUUCAGCCGCCAUUGAAGCUGCCACAGCCCGGAUCGAGGAAAUGCUCAGCAAAUCCAGAGCGGGGGACACAGGCGUCAAGUUGGAGGUGAACGAAAGGAUCCUUGGUUCCUGUACCAGCCUAAUGCAAGCCAUCCAGGUCCUGAUUGUGGCCUCAAAAGAUCUCCAGAGGGAGAUUGUGGAGAGCGGCAGGGGAACUGCAUCUCUUAAGGAAUUUUAUGCCAAGAACUCUCGGUGGACAGAAGGACUCAUCUCAGCCUCCAAAGCUGUGGGCUGGGGAGCCACCAUCAUGGUGGAUGCUGCUGACCUAGUGGUCCAAGGCAGAGGGAAAUUUGAGGAGCUGCUGGUGUGUUCACAUGAAAUCGCUGCUAGCACAGCCCAGCUUGUGGCUGCAUCCAAGGUGAAAGCUGAUAAGGACAGCCCCAACCUUGCCCGGCUGCAGCAGGCCUCUCGGGAAGUGAACCAGGCCACAGCAGGGGUGGUAGCCUCAACCAUUUCUGGCAAAUCACAGAUUGAGGAGACAGACAAUAUGGACUUCUCAAGCAUGACGUUGACCCAGAUCAAACGCCAAGAGAUGGACUCCCAGGUUAGGGUGCUGGAGCUGGAAAAUGAGCUGCAGAAGGAACGUCAGAAGCUGGGAGAGCUGAGGAAAAAGCACUACGAGCUCGCAGGCGUUGCCGAGGGCUGGGAAGAAGGAACAGAAGCAUCUCCACCUAUGCUGCAAGAAGUAGUACCUGAAAAAGAAUAGAGGAGAGCUAACGUGCCACACAUCAAUUCUUUUCCGUUUCAUCAUUUGCACAAACUUUCGAGCACCGAGGACUGGCGGCCUCCAAGCCAGGACGCUCCCAGAGUGCAGCCAGGACCGCAGGGGCAUCCGGGCUGAGAACAGCAAGGCAAUUCUCCCCUUCUUUUGGCAGUCCCAUGGAUUCUCACUGCUUCUUACGGUGGUCGUUUGAGUCUUUUGGUUUUAGAUUUUGGAAGUUUCGCUCACAUAGCCAACUCUUCCUGGCGCUCCGAGCCCCCAGGGCCCACACCGCACGGCCACGGUACUGCUCAGGCUUCGCCUGGUGCUCCAGCUCAGCCUCCUCACCGAGUGCGCCGCUGAGCAAGUGCUCCUCAGGGGCGGGCGACAGCUCUCCUCAGAAGGCCGAAGCAGAGCGAGUGCCUUUCCUUCCUCAUGCUGGGCACCAGCGGAACACCUCUGUCCAGCCUGUCCCAAGCCACAGGGCCCCCGAGUCAGAGGGUGCGCACAGCCCGUGGACUCCCGGGACAGCUCUCCUCCGAGUUCACACACCUUAGAGUUUGGGUGAACGGAGCUGGCAAGAGCAGCAGCACUGCUUCCCUGGGGUGAAUCGCCCUUGCCACAUCACAUGGCCACCUCCCUCAACCCAGGCAAGGCCCUAGGAGCGUACAAGAGGGGCUUCCAGCUCCUCCCCGCACCUGCCCUGGCAUCCUCUGGAACCCAAGGAAGAUAGUUCCAUGUGCUACCUAACUAACAGACCUGGCAGAGCAGGCCCUCAUGUUCCUGUCAGGAAAGAGCCCUGUGCUUGGUGUGUCCCCUUCGUAUUUAUUACUAACCCUUAAGCAGCAACGGCGACACAGAUGCUUGGAGCAAUCAGGACUGCAGGUGACUAUGACCAGCCUGGCACUGCUGCCUUCCAGUGUCAGUCGUCAGGGAUUCCAGAGAAGGCCAAGGUGCUGUCCCUGGGCAGUUGCAGGCUUGCAGGUUCCUCGGAGGAUUCGGGGCAGGUGAACAAGAAGCGGAGCCUCUGGCUCUGACUCGUUCCAGCCACGCUUGCUUGGCUCUUGCUCUCCUGCAGACAGGACAAAGACAGAGCCCGGCUGCCUGGAGACAGGGAGCCCAACAGCACUUUCCCACUCCCAGGUGGACCCCAACAUCAAGUGACCUUCUGAUCUUGGAAAAGCAGCGUCUUCCUUCUUUUAUCUGUAGCAGCUCACAGGUGGCAGGGAAGCCCUUCCUUGGACCUGGGCCCAUCGCAGUGUGGCUGAGUUUUGCUACGUGACAGGUUGUGAGACUUGUUUAAUCACUGUGAAUCAACUUCCUCCUCACCCUCCCAGUCCAUGCCUGUUGUAAGUGGGACACUUAACACACUGUCUCCCAGAAACAGAUUACCAUUUUUGGACAUGGGCCCUCCAUGCUGGGCUCGGGAGGGGUCCACCGUAGAAAUUGGCCCUGUCUCUCUGUGCCCAGCAUCUCUCCAUUCCAAGGUUUAGAUGGAGCUGUGUGUAGCAUCCCUGGCCCAUCUGUGCCACUUAAGCCAGUGAGUAUAUUGUCAGUGUGGGUCACCUUUUCCAAAAGCGGUACCUAGUCCUCACUUCUAGUCUAAACCACUCAGAUUCAUGGUGGUGGGAAAGGAGCAUACGGGAGCGUGGUAGGGUUCUCUUAACACUCCCUCUGAGAAGUCACAGUCAUUUUUAAGACUCUCUUGGGCUCAGUUUGAGGAAUAAAGCAGUCGGAAAGGCAGAGAGCACAGGCUAACUCCGUGUCACACAAGUGUCACUGUCAGAUGUAGUGUAAUUAUUCUACAGUAGCUCAGAUUGCAGACUGUUCCUCUCAAUUAUUCUACCUUGGCUCAUCUAGAAAUGAGUGUUAGGGUCAGGGUGAAAUGUCUUAAAUGAAUAUAGAAAUCACAUCUUAAAGCUUUUAAGUGAGUCACUGGGCCUCCUUAGUGACUGAGGUCUCAUGAGUGGGUUUAGAUGGGGCCUAAAGCCUAAGCUUAGGCUUAGGCGUAGGCCUAAGGCGAGAUGGCAACAAAAGCCUGGCUGAGGACUGAAGAGGUUCCAAUCCCGCUGCGUCUGGUAUUCGGUGAUACAGUGCUCUAACGCCUGCGGAGUAAGGACGCGCACAUAAUAAGGAAAAAAUAGAGGAAUAGACUUCCCUUGGUGGGAUUAUUUUGUAUCUAAGCACAGGGUUUAGACUCUAAUCUACAUUACUUGCCGAUUCUGUUGCCCACAGUGGGGUCCCCAGGAUGCCGCAUGACUCUGAGUCCUUAAUCCAGUGCCUGGAAGAACCACGCUGUCCAGAGCGUCCUGUCUUGGAAUUCUUUCAGCUACCAAGUCCGACACCAGGGUUUAGGCCAGGAAUCACAAGGACCUGUCAUUUCAGUCAGUGUAGCUUGCUUCGGCCUCUUGCCUCUUAGGAAGAGCUGGGUUUUUGGCUGGCACCUGGGAAGUACUCACUUCUUGGUCACCUCUGUAGUCUGGAGGGGUCUCCUGGCUUCAUUUCACCCUGGUCUUUAAUAGCUGGCAAGUGUCUUGCUACUUUCUAUGCCUUUCCAAAUCUCUAGAAACCCUUCCUGCCAAGGAAAGCCUUGCGCCCCAACAUCGGCCUUCUGGCUAGAGCGGCUUUGUCCUCUCUCUGCCAUCUUGGGUCCUCCAGCGACCGCACUGCCUGUAGCGCAGGAAACCACCACCGUGGAGCCUGCCAGCCAGCAACGCAGCAAAGCUGUUGAGUGCUCAGUUCUUCGUCUCCCAGGUCCAGACCACAUACAGGACCAGCAGCACCCGGUGGUGUCACUGCCUGCCGUGCCCAGGCACCAGGGCAACCAGACAGAACUGGUUAGAUGCUGGCGCACCCAGUUCCAGGAGUAGGUGUUCCCAGACGUGUUUCAGGUGACCCUCAACUACCUCAGGUUUGAAGGCUCUAAAUUAAGCUGAUUACCACGCACAGGGACAAACCGAGGGGGUUUGGUUAAAUCUAGGUGAUAACACAAAUGUCUCAAACCUAUAACAAACUCACACUUAGGUUUGCAGGGAUAGGGUCGGGUUGGUUUUUCUGUUUUUAACCUCUUCCCCCAAUUCUCCAUUAGAAUAGUCCCUCCAAAUAAAUCUCAUUUCUCACUGAGUGCCUGCCUUCCCAAGGGCAGGUAGCCACUGGCUUUUGUCUCCUUCCAACAAUACUUUUAUUACGGUAUUAAGACCUUUCUUUGUAUAAUACAUUGCAUCUGUGUUUUCAAUUUUUCAAAUAAAUAUUUCCGGCUGGCGCUGGGGGACAACA